AUGACUGAUAUUUUCCUUCCAAUUUUGAGUUAUGAUGAGGACCAAAACGAAACGCUCGUGCCGGCGGAUGCAACGAACGUUGGCUGCACGAACACAGAAGUUAGCACAAAGCCGGAGAACGAUCAGUCACAUGCUUCACAGGCAAACGUUUCAGCAAACGCUGGCCACAUCAGCGACGCGGCGGAAUCUUCCAGCGAUGCAUCGGCCGUGGCCGGGCCUGAACGAGAUCCUAAUGUGACUCCCAGCACCACUGAAUCCUCCAGAACAAUAGCUACAACUCCAGUAAUACGGGAUGCUAAUCAGUUGUCGCCAGCGACAGUAUCAGCUUGCGUACAUCCGGCUUGCAACACCACACCCCGCACCACAGCCACCUCAGGCGGCCACGCCCCGGCGUCCCCCAACGCCCCUCCCGCGGACCCCAGCUCCAUGUCCAAAAGCGACACUAGCGCUGGCACAGCUUCCUCCACCAGCGGCGCUGAAACAACCCGUCCCACCACAGUACCCGCCUCCAAGAGCCGCGGCGCCAGGGAAUCCGGCGGCAGCAGGAGCGAUGUCACUGCAACCGCCGCCGCCGCAGCUGCUAACGAUGCUGACGAGGGCGAUGCGGAGCUGUUGCCGUCAUCGGCUUCAGACUUCCUGGAUGACUUCGAGGCUCGGCGUCGUCGUGCGGUGUUCACUGCCAUGUUGUUGCUUCUGGAUUGCGGCGCUCGUGACCCCGACCACCUGUCCUACCUGGUAGCCGCUAUGAGCGGGGAGGAGCUGCAACAGGUGGCGGAAGAGCGAGCGCUGGCGGGACGGUGCGGCAAUCCGCUGUGUGGAGCCACCCACUGCAUCGCCCAACCACCGCCACGGCGGCGCUGGGAACCCGCGGCGGGCUUCGUUGAGCCGCCGCCUCCAUCGCACUUCUGCAGUGCUGCCUGCGAGCUGGUAAUCGAGUCGUACGCACGGCAGUUGGGUAAUAACCCCCUGGAGCGGUUGCAGCCGGGGGUGCGGGAGAUGCUGGCGGUUAGCCAUGCACCCAGAAGGCCGGGCCUGGAGGACGUGGCGGCGCAGGGCGGUGGUGUUGCGACGAUGAUGGCGGAGGUACGGGAACGCGACCCGACGGCAGCGGCGGCGGCGGCGGUAGCGGGGGGAAGGCAGCUGGACAAACUGGCGGCGGAACAGGCCUCAAGCGGCGCCGCUACCGCCGCCGCCGCUUCCAUCGCUGGCGGCAACAUACAUGAAGCGGUCGAAGGCUAUGUGCCCAGGUCCGCCGGGAAGCCGAGGAAAACGUCUUCACAGCCGCCGCAGCCGCAGCCGGUGCCGUCAGCACCUGUGGAGUCGCCCUCCGGCGGUGCGGCCCCACCAGCCCCCCCGCCAUCCCCCGCGGGUGCUCUCAAAUCCAGUUUGCGGAAGCACAGCUCCCUAAAGGUGAAGGGUGGCGGCAGAGAAGGGGAGGCAGGCGCCACCACAGCGGCGGAGACGGACCCAGCGCCCGCAGCGGAAGCGGAUCGGGAGCGGAAGCGGGUCACGUUUGGGCCCAAGAUCGUGUACCGUAUGUCCGCGGACCCCUCCCGUCGCACCGCGUCCUCGUCAACUAGAAGCAAAUUGAGGGCGUCAUCUGCACCAGCACCAGCAUCAUUAGAAUCGCCAUCUGCUCUACAACCACCAACAUCAUCAUCAUCAGCAGCAGCAGCAGCAGGACAAUCACAAGCGCCAUCGCCUUCACCAGCACCAGAACUACCGGCACCGUCAUCAUCGUCACCGUCACCCUCACAAGCACUGUCACCAGCAACGUCAGCACAACAUGAACCAUCCCCAGAACAACAACAACAACAACAACAACAACAGCAACUAUCACAGCCGGCAGCGCCACCAUCAUCAUCACAACAACAACCACAAGCAACAGCACAACCACCGCAACCGUCAUCCAUGGUGAGCGCCAUCGUAGAACAACCCCUACUGCUCUUCGACAUGGAAGAGGAAGACGAGGAGGAGGAGUUGGAGGAGGAGGUGGUGGACGGUGGCGGAGGUGACGGUGGCGGCGGCACUGGCGGCAGCAGUAGCAGCGGGGGCCCGGGGCGGCCACAGCGGCCGCGACCUCGUGCGCCCCGGUGUCAACGGGGCCCGGCGGCGGGGUCCCACGGGACUCUUCGUUUUGUGGAGGCGGCGGAGGUGUUGGAAGCAGUGGCGACGGAGGUGGAGGCGGAGGCAGCAGCGGAGGCGAGACGGACGAGUGGGCUGCGGACGGAGGAGCACACUCCAGGGAGCGCUGAUGCUACUGCCGCUGCAGCCGCAGUCACGCCACCUCGCGCCAUGCGGCUGUGGUUCCCCCCUUCGGCCGGGGGCACCGGCGUCGGGAGGAGAAGACGUGGUGCAGGCAGCGGAGCCGCCCAACGCCCUCACCCUCAUGCUCCUGCGCACCGGCAGGUAGUGGUGAUGGCGGCGGCGCUGGUGCCGGUGCUGGUGCGAGUGCUGGUGCCGGUGCUGGGGCACGGGAAGGAGGAGGGGGGCCAGGAACCGGGCACAGGGCAGGCACAGGCACAGGCGCCGGAAGCCCUAGAGGGCGUACGACCAGGUGCGGGUGGGCCGCGGGAACGUUUUGCGCAGAUUGCGCCGCAGCAGGGCGGAUUGACAGUGGCAGCAGCGGCAGCGGCAGCGGGGGGCCGAGGGGCGGUGCAGACAGGGGCACCUGGGGUGAUCGAAGUGGCGGCGCGGCCGGCUGCGGUGGUGGUUUCAGCUAAAACAGCAGCAGAGUUGGGGGAGGAGGAGGAGGACGUGGCGCCGCUGUCAACAGCAGGAGUACCUGCCACGGCCACGGCAACGGCGAUGAAGCGCAAGGGAGCGGGGGCAGCGGAGGCGGAGGCGGAACCAGCAGCGGCAGCGGCACGGCCGCCGGACGUCGUCGGCGAGCCCGGUAUCGACGACAUCAACGCAGCAGCCUCACACCCUCCUCCUCCUCCUCAAUCCUCCGCGCGCACUGUCGCCGCAAGCACGUUUACGGCUCCCAACGCGAGCAAGGCGCUCCGAAACCCGGGUCUCACGCUCACUGACCCCUGGGCUCCGUGGGCGGAGCCGCCGCAGUCUGGCGGCGGCGGCGGCGGCGGCGGCAGCACUGCCGGUGCUGGCGGGGGCCCCAAGGUCCACGUGAUUCAUGUCCGUAGCGGUAAACGGGCUUCCGGCGCCGGCGUGCCCAUUCCCCCGGAGAGUCAGCCGUACUCCCCCGAGGAGGACGAGCAGUACAACGAUGAGGAGGAGGAGGCGGAGGACGAGGAGCUGUACCAUGAGCGGUUCGUACAUGAUGACCGUGAUGCCGAUGAGUUGGCGGAUGAUUUGUAUGCGGGGACGUUGGCAGGCGCGGAUGAGGAGGAGGAGAGGGAGGCCGAGGAGGAGGAGGAGCGGGAGGGAGGGAAAGGAAGGAGAGAGGAGGAGGCGGAGCAGGAGGAGGAGGAGGAGGAGGUGCUGCAGACAAGGAAGAGGAGCGGGGGCGGGAGCCGAAGCACCAAGGGAGAUGGUACGGUGCCGCAUGGAGUUGUACGGACGCGCCGCGGUGGCGGGGCGGCGGGAAUGGUGGAGGCAGCGGCGGGGCAGGGAGCCAACGCCAAUCGUGGAGGCAGUAGCAGCUUGUGGAAGACGAAGCGGCAGCAACAGCAGCGGGAGGCGCGUGUUGUUGGCACUCUGAACAUGCCGCCGGCGGCGGCGGCGCCCACCAGCCCCACAGCAGGUGAACCUUGGAUGCUCCGUGACGACCUGGACUCCCUGUCGGAGAAUGAUGGUGAUGGCGAAGACGGUGCGGGCUCCAGUGCGUCUGACUCCGCUGAAGACUACAAUUACAAAUCCAUGCUGCCGUACUUUCACCGUACGACACAACACUACCAUGCGGUCUUGUCGCCGUACAAUCAAGUUCAGACGGCGCUUGUGGGUUGGGUCAACAGUCGUACGGUGGCGUUCGUGGUGGGCAUCGGCCUAGGGCCUUUGCAAAACCCUGGUCCUGCACUGGAGGACGACGCGUACUCCGAGGAGGGCCCCGGGGGGAUGGCGGCUCCGUGGGCCCUGCAGGCCCGGGGGGCGCUGUUGCAGCUGCUGACGGGGCCGGUACGGGACUGCUGCAGCCAGCUGGCGGUAGGGGUGCCGCAAUCCGACCUAGACCGCAAGAUGACGGCGCUGGUGGCGUCGUUCAGGCUGUCUGGCCCCGUCCCCAGCUUCAAGCAGCCGCAGUGGCGGCUGCUGGCUCUGGCGCUACUUCACGCUCUGGCGCUGCACCACAUUCCUGCCCUGCGGGCGCUACAGCUGCUGCCUGGCGGUCGGCCUACCGUACGUGAGUGUACUGUGCCGUACACGUGCGCGCCUAAACUAGACAUAGACGACACCUUACAGGUGCGAACACGUCAGUGA